GAAAGGAAGACCCAUGUUUCUUCUAUUUUACCAUAUUUCUACUUUAUUCUCAUUGCCACAAGGCAACUCCACUUUAACUGCACAGUUAGCUGUGAAAUGUGUGUGACUCUGCUGUUCCAUGCAUCUCACUUAGGCAUCUGCAGGGGCUGGUGUGACCACAGCCAAUGACAGGACCCAGGAUUGGCAUCAGGGUUUGUUUGGCUGUUACAUCCUGAUCCCUUGAAGAAGAGGACAGACCAGGCAGAAAGUGUCUUGGGUUGGGAGAGAACGCAUUUCUGACUGACCGUCUCCACAGAGCCUGGAGCUCUCAGCCCUGCCCUGGGGAAAUGAGAGCCAGGUUCCUGAGAAGGGGCUGUUCCCUUUCCUGUGAGGCUGAUGUGACAACCCUGUGCCACGUAGGACGAGGAUCCCACUGGCCACAACCUCAGUGUCUGUCUGUCCUGCCGGGCACCGAGGUCUCAUCCAGCUGCACUGCCAGACCCAGUGGGAGGAGACGCCAUGACCCCCACCCUCACGGCCCUGCUCUGCCUCGGGCUGAGUCUGGGCCAGAGGAUCCGAGUGCAGGCAGGGACCCUCCCCAAACCCACCAUCUGGGCUGAGCCAGGCUCUGUGAUCAACUGGGGGAGGCCUGUGACCAUCUGGUGUCAAGGGACCCUGGAGGCCAAAGAGUAUCAUCUGAAGAGAGCAGGAAGCCCAGCACCCUGGGACAGAAAGAACCCACAGGAGCCCAGGGACAAGGCCAAGUUCUCCAUCCCACACAUGACAGAGAACUAUGCAGGGCGGUAUCACUGCAGAUAUCUCAGCUCCACUGCCCGGUCAGCACCCAGUGACCCCCUGGAGCUGAUGGUGGCAUCAAGUGAGAGGAUAUGCAGGGGUCUCACAUCAGGCUUCACCCUCCAGAAGAGGGUCUGCUCUCAGGGGGUGUCUCCCUCUCACAGCCCACCCUGGGGAAAUGAGGAGGUGAGGGCCCCAUUUAACACAGCUCUUCGUUCUUUUCUAGGAUCCAUUGGCAAACCCACCCUCUCAGCCUGGCCAAGCCCUGUGGUGACCGCAGGAAGAAAUGUGACCCUCCAGUGUGGCUCAUUGAGGGGAUUUGGAAGGUUCGUUCUGUCUGAGGAAGGAGAACACGAGGGCUCCUGGACCCUGGACGCACAGCGACACUCCAAUGGGGAGACCCAGGCCCUGUUCCCCAUGAGCUCCAGCCACAGGGGGACGUUCAGGUGCUAUGGAUACAGCAAGAACAGACCCCACGUGUGGUCAGAACCUAGUGACCCCCUGGAGCUCCUGGUCCCAGGUGUGUCCAGGAAGCCAUCCCUCCUGGCCCAGCUGGGCCCCAUCGUGGCCUUGGGACAGAGCCUGAACCUCCAGUGUCGCUCUGACGUCAGUUAUGACAGAUUCGCUCUGUCUAAGGAGGGGGCUCAUGACCUCACUCAGUGCCUCGGCCGGCAGCCCCAGGGGGGGCUCUCUCAGGCCGACUUCCCCCUGGUCCGUGUGAGCAGCACCCACGGGGGCAGGUACAGAUGCUACGGUGGACACAACCUCUCCUCCGAGUGGUCGGCCCCCAGCGAGCCCCUGGACGUCCUCAUCACAGGGGAGCUCCCUUCCACACCCUCCCUCUCUGCCCAGCCGGGCCCCAACAUGUCCUCAGGAGAGAACGUGACCCUGCGCUGUCAAUCACGGAACCAGAUGGACAGUUUCCUUCUGUCCAAGGACGGGGGAGCCAACCCCCCCUUGCGUCUUAGAUCCUGGCACCGAGCCCAGAUGUUCCUGGCCAACUUCACUGUGAGCUCCGUGACCUCAGCCCCCGGGGACACCUACAGGUGCUACGGCUCACGCAGCUCCAACCCCUACCUGUUGUCUCAGCCCAGUGCCCCCCUGGAGCUCAUGGUCUCAGGAUCUGCUCCCCAAGAUCACACAUUGGAGAAUCUCAUCCGAAUGGGCAUGGCUGGAUUCAUCCUGGUGGUACUUGGGGUGCUGCUAUUUCAGGCUCGGCACAGCCAGAGAAGACCACAAGAUACAGCCAGGACAUAAACACAGAAGGAAACAUAUGAGCCAUUCCAAGUUAGAGAAACUUGGAAACUAUCUGAGAUAUACAGUGGCUCUAAAAGAAAACUGUGUGAACUGUCUGCUGAGAAUCUCAUAGGGGACCACGCAUCCUUGGGGUGCAGGUGCAAUGUCUGACAUGUUUCCUGUAGAGGACUCUUCCACCAUUAAACUGUGUGCUUUCCCUUUACCGUUGUUGACUUUGCUUGAAUGAAUCCCCUUCCAUCUUCAUCCCGAGGACAUCAGGCUACAUCCCACAUGGCAGGUUGGGGUCCCCAACUCAAUAAACCUUCAUGCUGGCCCAUGAUCAGGUAAUACAUUUUUCUUUAUUUCUAAUUAGAACAUUCCAUGAUUUGUACUAUUGAUUCAUCAUCUUGUCAGCUCAAAUUACGAAGCCUGGUUGGAAUAACUGAAUAAAGAAAGGAGCUAAAAUCAGAUGCCAGCCUGGACA